AUGGAAACAAGCGAAGCAGAAGAAAAGAAGAUUGCAAAGGUAGCCACAUUGGUUAAGGAAGAGGAAGACGGGGAAGAAGACAACGUUAAAAAUAAGAAGAGAGCAUUGACUCUUACCUCAAUAAGGGCGUCAAGCGCAGGAGGAUCCGCACAGCCUUAUUGUCAGGUACAAGACUGUACUGUGGAUAUGACCAGUGCCAAGCCAUAUCAUCGCCGGCACAAAGUCUGUGAGUUUCACGCCAAGGCACCUGCAAUUCUUGUUUCUGGGCUUCAACAACGUUUCUGCCAGCAGUGCAGCAGGUUUCAUGAAGUAUCAGAAUUUGAUGAAGCUAAAAGAAGUUGCCGCGGGCGCUUGGCGAAGCACAAUGAGAGACGCCGCAAAAGCUCGAAUGAUUCUCUUUGA